AUGCGAACUCGAUCGAGCUCCUCUACUGAAGACUUGGUUGGGUAUUGGGACGACAUAGGCAAACGACAGAGAAAGAAGAGCCAGAGGCAACAAGCUGCACCAGAGGUGGUUGUUACUGAUACAAUGAAUGAUCCAGAGGGUAAUGGAAACCCUUUGGGCAAUGGACUCGGUCGAGCUAGGCAGACUCGACCGAUUGGGCUUGGAGAUGCACCAAACCGCCAUCACCAAAGACAAGGGAUUGUCCCACCUCUUGUCCAGAACCACAAUUUUGAGAUCAAGCUGGGUAUGAUCAAUCUAGUGCAGAACAAGAUGUUCCAUGGGCUAUCAAGUGAAGACCCAAUCGAUCACCUUGAUGAGUUUGAUAGGUUGUGUGAUCUAACCAAGAUCAAUGGUGUCUCUGAAGAUGCAAUCAAGUUGAGACUCUUCCCUAUGUCUCUUGAUGACAAGGCUCACCAAUGGGAGAAGAGCCUACCCCAUGGUACAAUCACUACAUGGGAUGAGUGCAAGAAAAUCUUUCUUGCUAAGUUCUUUUCAAUAGGGUGCACGGCCAAACUAAGGAGUGAGAUCUCAGGCUUCACUCAUAUGACUUCAUUUUUCUCAUGUGAUGUCCAUAAUCUACUUGAAGAGAACUAUUGGUUUGUUAAAUAG